AUGAAUUUCAAAACGUGGCUCAAGCCUUCAUCGGUGGUGAGCAAAAGCUCCAUCAUGACGAUGGUGGAAGGCUUCACCUCCAAGUACAAGUUGAAUUUAUACGAGAGCUCGAUUUGCUCGUUUCUCAAAUUCAUACACAAGGAAGAUGAAGACAACAAUGAAAAUUUUGAACAAUGGCUUAAAGACAAGUAUGGCGAUAUAAUGCUUGUGAAUUUUACAAGGCAAUACUUUUCGAAUCCGAAUGAUAUUACGGGGGCCACAGAGAGCGCAAACAUUACUGAAAUUACGACUCUCUCGUCCAUCUCGCAUUUCGAAAGAAUCACCUAUCUUUUCGAAAUGUGCAAAACCAUGUACAAUUUUAUUACCAAGACUACAAAACAAGGUGUGAUUGUUGUCGUUGCCAACGCUCAAUAUACAUGUUUUGCCUUGCUUUUAAUCUCUUCUUUCCUAACUUAUAUUGAAGACAAUGAAUUUAGAUCAAAGAGAAUGUACAGAACCACUCUAGAGGCCUAUUACGAAUUGAAGAAAUUUGUCACAGAGAAACCCAUUUCCAAAGUCAUUGGAUCUUUCUUUACGAAACAGCAAUUGGAUACUUUGACGAUAUUUGAACCAAGUGUCGUGCGUUAUUGUAAAUUCUUCAAUUAUUUAACCAAGGUUUCACUUCCUGAAGUAGAAAUGAUGAACCUUGAAUCCAUAUCGCUUUCAACUCUUGACGUUUUCAAGAAGGAUGCCAACAGAAAAAUCAGACAAGCUCAACAAGAAGAGCUUCUUUCCUUCUCUGAUCCAUUUAACACUUCCAAUAUUUAUUUUGUUAUCAAACAAAACAACCAAAUUAUUUAUUCAACCUAUGGCACACAAGCUGAGCAUAUUUCCAAUCCUUCCAACAACAAGAAACAAUUAGAAGGACCUCACUAUCAAUUCUCCAUUCAGAAGAAUGCUUGCAAGCUCAUUGGAGAUUUCAUCUUAUUUGGAUAUCAAAUGGAUGAACUAGGUGCAAUUCAACAACUUUUCAGAUAUACUUACAAUACUCUCUUUUUAUGCACACAAGACAAUGGCAACAUUUUGACACUCGAGAAGAAUAGACUUGACUGGGCUCAUUCCAACAAUGAAAUUGUCGAUUCUUUGAAGAUUCAACUUCGCUUUUCGUACUACAAAUCUGAUGAAGAAAAGGUAAAUAGCUACAAGAUGGAAUUAGAUUCUACUGUGAAGAGUUGUCCUUAUUAUCUGAAAGGCAAUAAGGUAGCAAUUCGACUUGCACAUGUGACCAACCAAACUCACCGAAGAAAUAUGAAGGGACUUUUGAAUGAACUCGAAGUUUUCUCACUCAAUAAGGAAACACUAUUGAAGAAGGUCGAUACCAAAUCUCCACACAAGAGAAGUUUCUCUCAAUACGAACUCGAUAUGGACAAUAACUUGUCCAACAUCUUUGAUGAUUUGUGCAUUAGUACUAACAAUACCUCCUCCUCUAAUCAUUUGUUUAUUAAUACCAAGUUGACACCGCUUCGAUCCUCUAAUCGAAUUGCAACACCUGAUACAAGUGCUAAAAAGAAGAUGCUCCUGUCACCAGUCACUCGUCGUGGCAGUGGAAAGAAAGUUGGUACACCUUCUUCCAAACGUUUACUCUCCCCAAUGAUCAAGGAACAACAAUUACUUCAUUUCACACCUCCUUCUCAACAACCAGCGCUAACAAACAGCAAUAAGGAGAAUGAAAAUAUCUUUAAUCAGGACAGUUUGUUGUUGGAUCUGAGCGACCCAGUUUUUGAUGAGUUGAUGAAGUCGAACAUUCCUCCUCCACCUCCUCUUCCAUUUACUUCAAAGCCUGUAUCAAACAUACCUCCUCCACCAAUGAUGGGAAAUAUUCCACCUCCACCGCCAGUGUUAAAGUCGAUUGACAUGAAUGUUCCUCCUCCACCUCCUGGAGUUUUUAUUCCACAAAAGAAGAAUUCAACCUCAACUUUUACACAAAAAGAAGAAGAUAAUAAUAUCAAAAAGUUGCAUUGGCAACCAAUUAAGGUUAUUAAUGGUAAUUCUGUUUGGUCGAACACCAGUGUUGAUGAGAUUAAGUUAGAUUUGAGCGAUUUCCAAAAGAUGUUUGCAAAAGAAGAUACUGCAAACACAUCGACCAAGUUAGCACCAAAAACUCCUUCUGUUGCCCAGAACGUGGCAUCUUCUGUGCUGGAUAUGGGAACUAAUAGAAACGUUGAAAUUAUUUUGAACAGUCUCAAGUCAUUGACCAAUCAACAAAUUAUGGAAUUGAUCAAUAUUUUGGACACGAACGUUCUCACCGCUCAACAUGUUGAAAAUUUGAAACGUCUAUGCAAUGUUGCAUUCAGUUUAGCAAGUAAGAAGAAGGACCUAGAAUCAAAAGGUGAAUUAUUGAGAACUGAACAAUUUUUACUCGAUUUGUUGAAUGUUAAGAACGUUGAAGCUAAACUCAAUGUGAUUGGCUACAUGCAUAAUUUAGAUGCAUUUGUGGACUCUCUCACAACAAAGAUUAAGAGAAAACAAGAAGCUAUUCGAGUGGUUCGUACCUCUUCAUCCUUUGCCAAAGUACUAAAAUACGUCCUCACAGUUGGCAACUACAUGAACAGAGGAAGGAGACAAUUAGAGGCCAAUGGUUUUCACAUUUCUAUUCUUCCCAAGUUAGUAGACACCAAAUCUUCUGCUGCUAAGGAUGUCACACUCAUGCAUUACUUGGUUGGUCUUUUAGAAAAGGAUGACUUGGAUGUUUAUUGUUUUGAAAAAGAAUUGGAAAAUUGUGGAGCAUGUACUUUUGGUGUAUCCAUCACCAUGGAUGCCAUUGAUACCUUGUUCAGAGAGUACAGACAAAUUCAUAAUCAAAUCAAUUACCUUCAUGAAGCUUGUAAUUCUGAUGAAAGAGAAUUAUAUCAAACUCGAUUACAUACAUUCCAUGCCAAUUGUUCUCCACUUUUAGCAACAGUGAGUCAAACGUAUGAAACUUUAAAGCAUGAGUAUUUGGAAUGUUGUGAAUAUUUCCACUUCUCUCCAAGCAACAAGGUUGUCAAGACAGAAGAAGAUGAAUUCUUUUCAUACAUUAAGGAGUUUACAGUUCAAUAUAAGAAGGCCAAGAAGGAUGUGGAGCAAAAAAAGAUGAUGGAAAUGAAAGCGGCUCUUCAACAAACCAAUUCCUUAGCUCAAACCAUCAAAAAGAGAAAGAUGGGUGAAGCAAAUGUAUUGAAGAAUGAACCAACUCAACAAGUUGUGUAA